AUGAGUGAAGACGAUGGAAGUGACUAUCACGAUUCUAUCAGCGAUGAUGACGAUAGUUUAGUUAUUAAUAGUGAGAUUUAUAUCACAUUUCAUGUUCAUAUGCCUGAAAAGUUUGAUGAAUCGAUGCAUCCUUUGGUUGUUGGCAGUAUUAAAGAAUUAGGAAAUUGGAGGCAUCC